UUCCUUUUCAGACCACACGUCUCUACAGGCGGUCAGUACAGAGCAGAGAUGUUUAUCUCCUAUUAAAGAGGAGUCGUGUGGGCCGGGGGAGGAAUCCUGUACAGUCAGUCCUUUUGGAGUCCGGAGAAAAGUCCCAGCGAAUCCCGAGGAAAGGCCUAUUCGUCCAGGACUCAAAGAGACGGAGAAGACUUUUGAUGAUUUUGUUGAAGAGCAGCUCAAAUUGGAUAAAGAGGUUAUAAAAAAGGAUGAGCAGGUAAAUUUUUAUUUUUUUAUUUUUUUUUUUUUUACAAGAGCUGUAAUUGUUGUCGUGUAUAACACAAACGUCUGGUUAUGCUGUGUUACAAGUGUAACAUCCAAAGGAAACCUCCACCUUGAAACACAUUCAUUAUGUUUAUAUUGAAAUAUUUGUGAUGUGUUUAGCGACUCUGGUGCUAAUUUGGUGGUCAGUACAGUAUUUUCAUUAUUCCUGUGAGAAGUUUAGUGUGUAAUAGGAGAAAAAAAUGUCAGCAAUCUCAUACAUACAGUAUGUGAUAAUGAUCAUGUUUCACUGAUCUUAAAAACAACACGGCAAGGGCUUUUUUUUUGUUUUUCUUAUUCACCAUUUUCCAGUAGCAACAUCAUUUUAAUGAGAAAUCCAGUGUAGGAGUAGUGGAGACGUUAGUGCAAAUGCUGUGCUCAAAUUCCCAGAAUGCAAUGCAGCUAGGUAUAUGAGAGUGAGUUACAGCAGAGACUCGGCUUGACUAGAUGACGAGAGCGACGGUGUUGACGUUGGUAUUAGCGUGAAAGUGGAAGCUUUGGAAGCUGACCUGUUUGAGCAAAGAGUACAGACUACAGGACUAAAGCGCCGCUGCAUCGCUCUCGUAAAGCAAAGGCUACACUCUAAGCAGGUAGUCAAACGGCAUUGUGGGUAGGAUGUAGCAAACUGAGAAAAUAAAUGAUGAAAGAAAUUUGAACUAAAACAAAAGUCAGCUUUAUGACAUAACAGAUCUUGGACACCAUUGAAGAUCACAUGUUAAUUAUAAAGAUUAGCAUGUUGGUUGUUCAGGGUGGAUUUUUCCUUUGAUAAGUUUGAUAUGUUGGAAGACUGGUGGAAGGUCAUAGUUUAUUAUCCUUUACUGCAGCUCAGAACAGCCGAGAAAAAGAAUUUCCUGCGUAAAGGUGAUGGAAGGUCUAGAGUCGGUCAAAUUAAAGACAACAUCCAGAAAAUCCAACCUGCCUCCAAGAUCACGACGUCCACACAGCUUCAGAGACCCUCAACAGCAUCUGCUCUCCAGCACAGUGACAAAAUCAGAUGGACGAACAGUAGCCCUCAUAUUCAACAGAGCAGCAGCCCAGCUCUGCAGAAUCUGCUGUUAAUGAGAAAAGAUAAAGCGAAGUGCUCUGACCAGAGAUCUGGCCAGGAGAACCUACUGAGGAACAUCCAUCCUGCACACGAGUGCACAUUUCUAGCUUUGGAUCAUGAUAAACAUUCUUCUCAAAAAAAUGAAGAACGUCCAAAGCAGCCAAAUCAAAUCAGAAGUACCACGUUGCAAGAUGGAUGCAUUAUGCUUUCUGGUAGAAAAGUUGCUCCUAAGAUCCAUCUUCCUGAAGAAAGAGUUGGCUUCAAGAAGGUAAACGAUCGCAUUGUUAGAGUGUGUGAUCUGGACGAAGCCAGCACCAAGGCGCUAAGCUUGACUACUGAAAUAAAGCAGCUGUUGCUCCAUAGCUCUUCUGGUGACAGCACUGCUGCUGAGGAUGAUCCCAAACCCCCAAACCCUCCUAAUCACUUAAGAAUAAACUCAGAUCAGAAUCUGGAUCUAUCCGACGAGGACUACGCUAGUGACGCUCCGAGUGACGUUAGUCCAAGUGAAUGUCCACGAGCUCCACAUUUCUUCCAUGAACUUUCUAGUUCAUCUGGAUCUGAUGACGGGAGCGACUCUGAGCUACAGCAGCUUUGUUGGUCUGAACCUCACAAACCCUCAAGAACUCCAAAAGAGACCAGCGGUGAGGGUACACCCCCCGGUGCCAGUAACUCGGACCUCCUCGCUAGGAUUUUCCCUCAAGUGAAAUCUACAGGAAAAAACAAAACGAACAACGAUCUCUGGGAGAAAACUCAGCACUCCAUGAAUGGAGGUGAUCCAGUGAAGAAAGUACAGGAAAAUUCUGGGUCGGAUAUCAGAGAUGGAACGAGCAAUGACCUGAUGAUGGACAAGAUGAAAACGGAGCAGGAUAAAGCGCUGAAUUUCCUCAGAUCUGAAAUGGACCGCUUUUCUAAUAACGACAAAGACAGCAUACAAAACUGCAGCUCUUCAGAGCACACACCUCAGGAGGUCACACGGCACCUUAAUGAGGCUGAGGUAAAACCAGGAUCUGUUCAUUCCUUAGUAAUAGUGAGCAUGAUUUCUUCAAGAUCCUGAAUGUUUCCUUUAACCCAGAUCCAUAAAGGUCAUUGUGUCACAGUGUUCGGAAAGUGCGUAUACACAGCCGUGUAGAUAGCAGAUCGGACUG